AUGUCCAUACCGACUCUCCCAGUUGUCCCCCUACAAACAAGGAAGCUAUUAGUCAAUUGUGUUUCCAGACAAAUGUUUCCACAAAUGAAGUUCCGAGUGUCCGGAUUGGAUGCGAAAGCGAAAUAUAUUCUUCUGCUGGACAUCGUCGCGGCAGAUGACUAUCGAUAUAAGUUUCAUAACAGUCGGUGGAUGGUAGCUGGAAAGGCAGACCCAGAAAUGCCGAAGAGGAUGUACAUACAUCCAGACUCGCCGUCAACAGGAGAGCAGUGGAUGCAGAAGGUCGUCUCCUUCCACAAGCUCAAGUUGACCAACAACAUCAGUGACAAGCACGGUUUCGUGAGUACCAAUUUUGAUAUUCUGUAA